AAAGACACGAUCCCUUGUGCGUCCUGAAGCUAAGGUAGCCAGAUUGUUCGAAAUCGGUGCAGAGAACGCCUUUUAGCACCCCUUGUUUCGUCACUUCGGGCCAUGUAAACCGGAAAUUCGCGGCCCGUUACCACUGAUGUUUCCAAGUUGGUGUCAAGAGUACGGUUACUCUACGUCUUCUUCAUCCUCCACGACUGGGGGUCAUGCGACAGGCUCAGACGGUUUUCCGUAACCCGACUGACUUAACCGGCCAUCCGUGAUAUGCCGAUGGAACCUGCGAUCGCGUUCUGUUGAACAAUAAAAGCUUUAUAGGCAACAAGGGUCGCUCCUGAGCGCCACUUACCGUGAACCCUCUCUAAUCUGUUACAUUCUGGCCGAGGCAGAGUGCGACUACCAACCGUCGCUGAAAACAGGAAACAGGGGAAAACGUCAUAAUCAAAUGGCAGCAUCAGCAGCGGGUGCGAUUCUGGCUGUCGCCUUUGCUGUUGUGUCGUGCAUGAAAGCCUCGGCUAACCUUGCCGUGCCUCCUGGAGCAGUAUGCAUUGAUCCUCCGACGUACAACGUUUUGGGAGCAAACUACACAGAAUGGCGCAACUUGUCCACUGUUGGCUUCAACCCCAACAAUACUGCACCCCCAUUCAUUCAGGUCUUUGACCCUUCGUUCCUCGAAAUCACCGGACCAUCUGCAACGAUCCGCUUAAUUGCUUCUAAUCCUGGCUUUGCUUUUGCCCAUGAAGCACCCAUCUACGUUCCAGACCUUAACGCAGUCUUCUUUACAAGCAACGAUGGCGGUGCGCUUGGGUACAGCGGCUGGUACAACAACAGCGUUGUUAGCAUGAUCAACAUGACAGAAGUCGACUUGGCACUGUCUUCUACGACUGGAGAUGUUGAUAUACAUGUUCAAACGCUCAACCUCCCGGACACUGUCCAGAUGGUAAACGGGGGGACAGGCCCAUAUAAAGGCGACCUUCUGCUCAUCACCUCAGGUCGCGCUCUACUUCCUUCUUCGAUUGUGCGCGUCAAUCCCAACCCUCCCUACAACGCCACUGUUCUUCUGGACAACUUCUUAGGCAGACAGUUCAACUCGCUCAAUGAUAUUAAAAUUCUUCCCGGCACGGACAUCAUGUUCUUCACUGAUCCUACCUACGGGUGGCUUAACGGUUUCCGUCCUGAACCAAUGCUACCAUCACAAGUUUACCGCUUCGAUCCGUCCACUGGGCAGGUCAGAGUCGUCGCUGACCAGUUUGUGCAUCCGAAUGGUAUUGCAUUCACCCAAGACGGCAAAACUGCAUUUAUUGCCGACACCGGUGCUUCUGGAGGAUUCCUCGGAACGAAUCAGACCCUCCCAGCCACAAUUUACCAGUUCGACGUUGAUCCACGGACGCAGUCGUUCAUGAAUCGUAGAGUGUUCGCCUACGCUGACUCCGGUGUCCCCGAUGGCGUUCAGCUCGAUACCAUGGGCAACGUCUAUGCAGGUUGUGGCGAGGGUACCCACGUCUGGAAUGCAGAAGGCAUGCUCAUUGGAAAGUUUUACCUGAACAGCACCACGGCUCAGAUGAUCUUCACGAAAUCUGGUCUCGUUAUUUUGGACGAGGAGGCGGUAUAUCUAGCAAACAUUCAAGCUCAGGGAUUGAACCUUGCCACACCGUAGAUUCAUUGUGUACCAUCCCGGAUCAUGUUACA